AGUGACGUAAGCAGGGGGCGGGGCGUCCUGGCCGGGCUGUGCGGACGCGGACAGCAUGUCGGCUCUAACUCGGCUGGCGCCUUUCACUCGCGUUGGAGGCCGUGUCUUCCGAGGGUGCCGCGCGCGGGCGGCCGGAGGCGGUGGAGUCCGUCAUGCUGGUGGCGGUGUGCAUAUAGAGCCCCGGUACAGACAGUUUCCACAGCUGACCAGGUCCCAAGUGGUCCAGGGUGAGUUCUUCAGCGCAGUCAUGUGGUUCUGGAUUCUCUGGCGCUUUUGGCAUGACUCAGACGCUGUGUUGGGUCACUUUACAUAUCCAGAUCCUUCUCAGUGGACAGAUGAAGAACUAGGAAUCCUUCCUGAUGAUGAGGAUUGAAAGUAUAAACUCAGUCCUUUACAAGUAGGAUCCAAGUGAGAAUUUCAAGAAAUUGCGGACCUCAUGUUUUAAAAGUUGUAAAUUAAAGUGGUUUGGCCAAGAAUGAGUUUUGUUGUUUC